AUGACUCGCACAGGCCACGAUGUUAGCGUCGCGUUUGCGCUCAACAUUGCCGCGGGUGCAGCUACGAUCCUAGGCGGCUUGGUCGUGUUUAGCAAGCGGCUCGUGUACUUGGCCAACCCCGCAAGCUUAGCGGUUGCGCUCAGUGUCUCGUCCGGUGUCAUGAUGUUCAUCUCGUUCGCCGAGAUCUUUGGCGAGUCGGUGCGCUCGUUCCAGAGCGGCAUUCAAUCAGAGAACAUGACAAAGGAGACGGCCGAAGGGCACAGUUGGCUCGCGGCCAUGGGCUCGUUCGGGGCCGGCAUUGUCCUCAUUUACGCGGUGGACGUCGUCGUGCACAAGAUCUCACCCGAGCACGAGAUGACAGAGAUCGAACGCCUCGACGGCGUCCGCGACUCGCUCCGCGACUUGAUCAGCAGCAAAGCACUGCCAAAGGCCUCGCCAUCGGGUCUCGAGACGGGUCUCUCGACGUCGGCGGACCCAACAAGUCAGUUUCUCAAAAUGGACGCCGCCUCGCAGCGGUCGCUACAGCGCAUGGGGGUCCUCAGUGCCCUCGCAAUUGGCAUUCACAACCUCCCCGAAGGCAUUGCAACGUACGUCGGUGCCAUGCAAAAGUCUUCGGUCGGCUGUUCGCUUGCCAUUGGCAUUGGCCUGCACAACAUCCCCGAAGGCAUUGCCGUGGCAGCUCCGAUUUACUUUGCCACGCGCUCGCGCUGGCGAGGCCUCAUGUGGUGUGCGAUCUCAGCAGUGGCAGAGCCCAUUGGCGGCGUCAUUGCGUGGCUGGCGAUUGGCGACGGCAUGGACGCCAUCUCGGAAGGCAUUCUCUUUGGCCUCGUGAGUGGCGUCAUGGUGUGCAUCUGCGUGAAAGAGCUGAUCCCGACCGCGUACAAAUUCGCCAAAGGCAAGACGGCGAUCGUGGCCUUGGGGAUGUUUGCGGGGAUGUUUGUCAUGAUGUUGAGUUUGACGCUGUUUGCCUACGCGGGCGCGUAA